AUGUUGAUCGAAGGAGAAGAUGUGCAAUGGUUCGUUGAUCUUGGAGAGGAGCUUGGAGUAGCCAAGUUCGAGGCGAGAUCUCAGGCGAACAUUGUUGAGGCAAGCAGGCAAGGAGGCUGGGGAGGUGUUGAGGCUACAGGGGAGAUGAGAGGUGAAGGCGAGGAGCAAAGGGGCAAAGUGCCACGGGUGUCGCCAGGAGAGGCCACCCAGGUCGCCAAGAUCAAGGCGAGGCGCCUCUUGCGCUGUAGACUAGAGGUCAUGCCAAUCAUGAAGGAAGCUUUGAGGUCGAGGCAUAGAUCCAUGGGGUCAAGGCGCAAUGGGUUGGCAUCGAGAUCGAGGCCCCAUGGGCUCUCUACGCUGGUGAACAGGUGGAAGCUCCAUCAAGCUGAUUGGGGAGUGAACAUUGUAGAAUUGGCACCUCUAGAUGCUGGGCAAGGGUCGAUGGGAGCGAAGGAGGCAUCGAUAGCGACUGGGCAUGACCAAGUAGGCGCACAGGCGGUUGGGCAUAGAGCUAGGAAGCAAAGUACCGUGGAGGAUUCUGGCAGUGAUGAUUCUGGCCAAAUAACGGAUGAUUUGGUUCGUUAA